AUGGUGUGGGAGAAUAAGACCUUCAACUCUGACUUCGUCCUGCUGGGAAUCUUUGAUCACAGCCCCACCCACACUUUUCUCUUCACUCUCAUCAUAAGCAUCUUUGCAUUGGCCUUCCUGGGAAAUACUGCCAUGGUUCUCCUUAUCUCCCUGGACAUGCAGCUCCAUACCCCCAUGUACUUCCUCCUCAGCCAACUAUCCCUCAUGGAUCUCAUGCUCAUCUGUACCACCGUACCCAAGAUGGCCUUCAACUACUUGUCUGGCAGAAAUUCCAUUUCUGAGGCUGAUUGUGCCACACAAAUUUUCUUUUAUAUAUCACUGCUUGGCUCUGAAUGCUUCUUAUUGGCUAUUAUGGCUUAUGACCGCUAUAUUGCCAUUUGUCACCCUUUAAGGUACACAAAUCUCAUGAGCCCCAAAAUUUGUGGACUUAUGGUUGCCUGCUCCUGGAUCCUGGGAUCUACGGAUGGUAUCAUUGAUGUUGUAGCUACAUUUUCCUUCUCCUAUUGUGGGUCUCGAGAAAUAGAUCACUUCUUCUGUGACUUCCCUUCCCUGCUAAUCCUCUCAUGCAAUGACACAUCAACAUUUCAAGAGGUUCUUUUCAUCUGCUGUAUAGUUAUGAUUGUUUUCCCUGUAACAAUCAUAAUCGCUUCCUAUGCUUGUGUUAUUCUGGCUGUCAUUCAGAUGGGUUCUGGGGAGGGUCGCCGCAAAGCUUUUGCCACCUGUUCCUCUCACCUCAUGGUAGUGGGAAUGUACUUCGGAGCAGCCUUAUUCGUGUACAUACGGCCUGCUUCCGAUCGUUCCCCAACCCAGGACAAGAUGGUGUCUGUCUUCUACACCAUUCUCACUCCCAUGCUGAACCCCCUCAUCUAUAGCCUCCGCAACAAAGAAGUGGCCAGAGCGUUCAUGAAGGUAAUAGGGAAAGCUAAGUCUGGAGAGUGGGGUGCAUAA